AUGGCAAACGCGAACAUUGCAGACCGAGAAAGGUCGCCGACGGCUGGUGAACUGAACGAUCUUUUCGAUUACGACGUUGGCUUGGAUGAGAUUAUCCCAGACAACAGUGCUCUGAAUACCAACACCAGCAAAGCCUCUGGAUCAGGAGAUCCUGCACUUGGGUUGGGACUUGAUGAAGAGGUCAAAGUCACGAAAAAAAGACAACCUGUGGCCAAACUAGAUGAGGGCCGUUUACUCUCCCAACCAGGUAUCCCCAAGCUGCGACAUACCGCUAAGCAGAAGCUGAAAUUCAAGGGCAAAGGCCACGAGUUCAAGGACGCCGCACGUCUGCUUAACUUUUAUCAGUUAUGGCUCGAUGAUCUGUUCCCUCGCGCAAAGUUCGCAGACGGUUUGACAAUGAUUGAGAAACUGGGUCACUCGAAACGAAUUCAAGUAAUGCGGCGAGAAUGGAUAGAUGAGGAGAAACCAAGGCUUUCCCACAUCUCUGAACCCACGAGAGAAGACCUUGAACAUCGUCAACUCCCCGAAAACACGGUUGAUUCCAAUCACAACGGGAAGACGAUUACCCAGAGCAAUGAGAGGACUGCCGACCAUGACUUGUUUAUUCCAGACCCGAACGAAAGCGUGCCGCCUACCACCAGCUUCCCCGAACCCGAGGACGAUGAUUUGGAUGACCUUCUGAGAGAACAAGACGAUGAAAUGAUCGAUGUUGCGUCCGUGUUGCCUGCGUCAUCUUCGCGGGCCCCAAAUGGUGAUGACGAUAACUUCGAUGCUGAAUAUGAAGCAAUGAAGGAGCUCGGGAUGUAA